AUGCAUUUCAUCUAUCCUGCACUCGUUGCCAUUCAAGCGUCCAGCGCCAUGGCAUGGCAGGUCAUUGCCUACGACAACGUCGAAAAUUGCGCCGCUGACAGCUCCACGACCUACCGCUUCUACGAGUCUACGGGAGACCCAGCCUACGGCUUCUGCAGCACCUGGGGUGCUCCUCAGCCUGGAGUCCACUGCCAUGAAUACCGAAAUGGAGGAGAGGACGGUCCAUUCGACUGCAACGGCGACUUUACCGACAGCCCUCAGUCAGUCGAUUUCCAUCCAGAGACAAAGAGGUCCUCCGGCAGGAUCGCCCUUGGAUCGUUCGAGUCUUACGCCACAGUGGACUGUAAUGACAAUACCAUCAGCCUGGAUCCAGACGGUGGCGAGACAUUCAACAGAUGCUACAACGAGGGCGUAGAGAGGUUUGGCUCUUGGAGUGUGCACGACAAUGGGAUCAGUGACUACUAG